AUGUAUGGUUCUACAUCACGAACAACAAGAUUCUGUAAGCUUUCUUCAUCCUCCUCUAUCUCGCGUUUACAACGCUUAACGAUAGCCACGUACUUUUCGAGUUUGUUUUCGAUCUCAAUCUCUACUGACUUGAAUUCGUUGAUUUUUUGUGCUCUUUCAUCAAGAUCGUUCUUGAUGUUUUCUAAAUUCUCUUCGUGCUCUUCUCUUUGUUGCUGGAUAUCACUUAAUUUCUUAUUGAGUUCUUCCAAUUCACUCAUCUUUUCAGAUUGGAAUUCUUUGGUAAAUUCUUCUUCGGCUUCGGCAAUGAGCUUCGUGUGUCUCUUAAUGUCAUUUUCAAGUUUCUUUAUAGCCAUAACAUCAUUGGAAGUUUUCUCGUUGAUGAUUUCAAUUUUUUGUUUGAUGGAGUCAACCUUAGAAUUUUGA